AUAAAAAAAAAUUGCUUUAAAUAAUGGAUAUCCAAUAAAAAAAAUUAGACAUUUUUAGUAGUAAACUAAGAAAGAAAUACUUCAGUUUAAAGGUCUAAAGGUUAUUUUUCUCAAUAGUUCUGCGGUUUUCCAAAGAUUUAAAACCCAAUACACCAAAACCAAUACGCUACUUAGGAUGACUAAGUUUUACUGUUGACAUCAAACUGUUAUUUAAGGGCUUUGAUUAAAGAUUUCGAACAGUGCUUAUCGUUAAACAACCUGCAAAAACAAGUUUACUUUAUCCGGAAAUAACUAAGGUGCCUUUAUAUUCUUGCAGAACAGAACUUAAAGAUCGAAUAGACAGCUACCUACUGUAAAUUAACAUUUUAAUUGAUAAGUAAAAUAAUAAUUGGUAUUCCCCUAUAUUGUGUUCUUAUCGUUAUAGGUAUAAAUGCAAUCAUUUACUGUUGCUUCGUUUCAGUACUGAACAGUGAAUACGUGCAAUAACAACGCAUAAAGUAAAAAGAAUAAAAAUUGGAACAAAAAGUUCUAAGAACAGCAACGUAACAAUGCACGGAACAGAGAAUUUAGAGUUGUUGGAUCGCCAGCUAUCUUUUAUAGCUCGAAACGCAGAAAAUUAUUUAAAACGUAAGAAAAUUAUUUUUAAUUUGGAAGCUAAUGACGAAAACCAAACCAUACCAUGUGGCGCACUAGAAAAAAAGAUCAAACUUCUGGACCUGAUGCGAAGUUUGCCUUAUUAUCAGCCAAGUAACGAAAUGCUGAAGGCUCAAGCCACCGAAUUUACAGACAACGAUUUGAUCGUCGCGAAUACUGUGUUCGCCGAAUACUUGGCCACCAGAAACUUGGAGUUCUAUAAUGUGUGCUCCGUUAUGCAGACACUGCUCACAAUUGAGGAUCUAUCAAACCUACAGAAAUACGCCCAACUUAUCCAAGAGAAUGUGGCUGUGCAGCGAGUCUCUAAGCUCAAAUAUAAAAUUUCACUUAGAAAUACGAGAAUAAAUGCAGAGGAAGUGGUCGCCACAAAUAUAGACGAAGUAGUGCUAGUGCCCAAGUCCAGCUUAAUAGCCUCUCCACUGCCCAAACAGCUCGUACUGGCACUGUUUCCCCAUCCCCAUGAGGGCCUACCUUUGAAGGAUCCGAUGCGCCGUCAUGUUGCUAGUGUAGAGCAGGUCAGUCGCACCACCGUUCACAUUCGAUUCAGUCGUGGAAACUGCCCCAAAGAAGAGGACUUGCUGGGUCAGCACUUCUAUGUCAUAAUUCGCUCCAAACGCACUCCUAUCCGCUACAUGUAUCGUGCACUACAGCUGCUCCAGGAGAGCCCCCUAGUGCGUCGGUACCUGUUUCCGUUCCCCAGUUGGUUGACCCAAAUGGUGGAAAAAUCGUGGAUUCACAUAGACAAAAGAGCAAACUUGCCCAGCUGGAUGGAAGUAAAGCCACUACCUCAGCCCGCUCCUAGCGCAGCGGUCUUUCUUCUAAAUUCGUCAAUCUAUUCCAACAUGGAGCAGUUGCAGGCAGUGCAGAGAAUUGUCGCGGGACCAAGUCUUCAGGGACCUUAUAUUCUGUUCGGACCACCAGGCACUGGCAAAACCACUACUAUUGUGGAGGCCAUUCUACAACUGCGCCUUCAGCAACCGCGAAGCCGCAUCCUUGUAACCGCCGGUUCGAACUCGGCUUGCGACACUAUCGCCUUAAAGCUGUGCGAGUAUAUCCACAGCAAUGAACGGCUCCGGGAGCAUUUUGCUAAACAGGAGCAGCCAAAGCCCGAUCACCAGCUGAUCCGCGUGUUCUCACGGUCUGUUCACCAGAAGGGACUUAAAUCCGUGCCGGCACUGUUGCUAAAGAAUUCCAAUUGUUCGAAAAAUAUUUACGAGCAUUUUGGAGUUUCACAUAUACUCAAAUAUGGUAUCACUGUGGCCACUCUCUGUACUGUGGGACGCUUGGUCACCGAUAAACUCGGGGAGCACAACUUUUUCAGUCACAUUUUCAUCGAUGAGGCGGGCGCUUCAACUGAACCGGAGGCUUUGAUCGGCAUCAUAGGUAUCAAACAGAAGUCGGAUUGUCAUGUAAUCCUGUCUGGAGAUCACAAGCAACUAGGCGCCGUGAUAAAGAGCAAUCGCGCUGCAUCUUUGGGACUAAGCAAAUCUCUCAUGGAGCGACUCCUUGGCUUGGAUUGCUACAAGAUGGAUGAAAAUGGAAACUAUGAUCGCACUCUGCAGACACGUCUGCGUCGUAACUAUCGAUCCCAUCCUCAGAUUGUCCGCCUUUUCAACGAUCUCUACUAUAACGGAGAGCUGAUCUCUGAGGCUCCCGCUGCUGAUGUUAACCUAGCAGCUAAUUGGAGUCUCCUCCCCAAUCCUAAUUUCCCGAUCAUUUUUCAAGCCACACAUGGAGUAACCCAAAGAGAGCAAACCUCGACAAGUUCUUACAACCACUUGGAGGCACAGGUGCUCUGCUGGUAUGUAAAACGACUGAUCAACGAUGGUCUUGGAAAGAGAAGAAAAGUUAGCCAAGAGGACAUCGGCAUAGUGGCGCCGUAUACGGCUCAGGGUAAUCUGAUUACCAAGCUACUCCAAAAACAGGGGCACCGCAACGUAGAGGUGGGCAGUGUGGAGACCUAUCAGGGUCGCGAGAAGCCCAUUAUCCUUGCAAGUUUGGUAAAAUCCUUUGCAAACAUGGGAUUUAUGCGCAAUCCGCGUCGCGUGAAUGUUCUUCUAUCUAGAGCCAAGGCUCUGCUGAUUCUUGUUGGUAAUCCGGUUACGCUGCGUCAUCACCGGGACUUCAAGUUAAUAAUUAAGGAAUGCAAGAAACAGGGCACAUAUCUAUUUAAGGAGAAGAAUUCUCAGCAGAGACCGGAGUUCUUGGCUGACGUUGAGGAAGAAGAUUCCGAUGACGACUCGAGCAAUGCGCUGGAAGAUUAUGAGCUUACUCCUUGGUAUGCCAGGAUGCCGCAGAAUAUAUCUGUGACCUUGGACAAAUUGGAAACUCGGCUAAUGGAAUCAAUGGCCAAGUUAUCAAUACAAAACCAUUUGGACCAAAACUCAAAUUACCUCAAGGCUGGUCCAACAAAUAUAACAAAACUGAAACUGUAGGAAAUAUGAGUGCAGUCUUAAGUAUAAGCCAUAGAUUAAGUGAAUGAAAACAGACUCCGAAAAGUUCAAAUUAGGGGCUCUGCUAUGCCCCUAAGAUUAUCCUCUAGAAGAAUUAAACCUUUUAGUUUGUUAAGCAGCACUAGAUAAUUUAAGUCUUGCCAUCUGUAAAACAGAAGUGUUUGUAUUUCUUUUUCAUUAUAAGUUUCUGAUAACUAUAAUCGCUUAAUGGAUUAUGCGAAGAAAUAAUACCCAUGAUAUUCCGUUCAAUGGCCUGCAAAUGAAGAAAUAGAAAUAGUUGAUAUAAGAUUUGUGUAAGAAAUUGACCAAUCUAAUCCAAAGGGAUGAGUUUUCAUGAAUGAAUGUUAUGUCAAAUCGGACUUUUUAAACCAACUUUUAUAUUCAAUCGAAUCGGUGAUUCAAAUCAAUGUGUAUGCGCGCAUUAUCAUAUAUAUUUAUAUAUUUAAGCAGUGUCUAUAUAAUUAGUAAAACGAUUACAAAAUACAAAUACAAUGGAGUUGCUGCGUUAGGUUUUGAAAAAAUGUUUAAAAAUAGUUUUGCUCUUGUCACGUUACAUAAUCGAUUCUUAAUUUUUUUUUCCAACGCUCUAUCGUUUAAAUUCGUUCAGUCUUUGUUAAUCAACAACUUUGUUAAAGUGUUUAUAUGUUUACGUUGAGUUGCGUUUUUUGUUCGCUUAUUUCGUUUCAUUUUUUUAAGCAAUCAAAUAUGAGAAAUAUGUUUACGUAAGAAAUGCCAAGUUUAGUUCGAUUAAUUAAAGUUUGUUCGAUAUAAAA